GACUCGGCGCAUGCGCAAAGGGUAGAAAUAGUUGGUCAAAUGCAAAUUUAAGAUGAGGGCAAUACCGACCUGGGUGGAUAAAGUCCAAGAUAGGGACAGAGUUGAACAAUGUAUUCAUGAUCUUGCAUUCAAGCCUGAUGGAACCCAACUUAUUGUUGCUGCUGGCAAUAGAGUAUUGGUGUAUGACACCAAUGAUGGCACACUUAUGCAACCCCUGAAAGGCCACAAAGACACUGUGUAUGCUGUGGCUUAUGCUAAGGACGGUAAGAGGUUUGCGUCAGGGUCAGCCGACAAGACGGUCAUCAUCUGGACAGCCAAACUAGAAGGAAUCCUUAAAUACACACACAAUGAUGCAAUCCAGUGCCUUGGGUUCAACCCCAUCACACACCAGCUGGCUAGCUGUGCAUUCAGUGACUUUGGAUUAUGGUCCAUGGAGCAAAAAUCUGUAUCCAAACACAAGGUGACAAGUCGCAUCACAUGCUGCUCCUGGACUAAUGAUGGCCAAUACCUAGCUCUAGGACUGUACAACGGAUGUAUCAUUAUCAGAACAAAGAAUGGUGAAGAGAAGCUCAAGAUUGAGAGGCCUGGUGGUGGUCUGAGUCCUAUCUGGAGUUUACAAUGGAAUCCAUCAAAGGAGGAAUCUACCGACAAUCUAGCUGUCCUGGAUUGGGGCCAAAAGUUGUCUUUCUACAAUAUCUCUGGAUCACAGAUCAGCAAGGAUCGUAAUUUGAACUAUGACCCCUGCUGUCUGAGCUACUUCUCUCGAGGAGAGUACUUGAUCAUCGGAGGGGCAAACAAACAGGUGACCCUUCACACCAAGGAUGGGGUGCAGCUUGGGGUCGUUGGGGAGCAGAACUCAUGGGUGUGGUGUGCCAAGGUCAGACCAGACCAGAAUCAUGUGGCUGUUGGUUGCCAAGAUGGAACCAUCGCUCACUACCAACUCAUCUUCAGCACAGUUCACGGUCUCUACAGGGACCGCUAUGCCUUCCGGGAGAACAUGACUGACAUCAUCAUUCAGCAUCUCCUCACUGACCAGAAGGUCCGCAUCAAGUGCCGCGACCUGGUCAAGAAGAUCGCCAUCUUCAAGAAUCGUCUUGCAGUGCAGUUAUCAGACCGGAUUGUAGUCUAUGAGCAGUACUCUGACGAUGCCUCUGACAUGCACUACAGAGUCAAAGAGAAAAUCAAUAAGAAGUUUGAUUGCAACCUUCUGGUCGUCUGUGCUGAACACAUUAUCCUGUGCCAGGAGCGUCGUUUGACAAGUCUGACCUUCAAAGGUGUGAAAGACAGAGAAUGGGUAAUGGAGGCUUUGAUCAGGUACAUUAAAGUCAUUGGUGGCGCUGAAGGCAGAGAGGGUCUACUGGUUGGUCUUAAGAAUGGCCAGAUCUUCAAGGUGUUUGUGGACAACCCUUUCCCCAUCCUGAUUCUGAAGCAGCAGACUUCUGUCAGAUGUCUGGACAUCAGCUCGUCUCGAAAGAAACUAGCCGUGGUCGAUGAACACAACACCUGCAUGGUCUAUGAUAUCAAUACAAAAGAACUUCUCUUCCAGGAGCCAAACGCCAACAGCGUAGCCUGGAACACCCAGUACGAGGACAUGCUGUGCUUCUCCGGGAACGGAACCCUAAACAUCAAGGCUAGUACCUUCCCUGUCAAGCAACAGAAGCUCCAGGGUUUCGUGGUCGGGUUCACUGGGUCUAAGAUCUUCUGUUUGCACAUCUACGCUAUGACCACUGUAGAGGUACCCCAGUCCUCUGGCAUGUAUCAGUACCUGGAACGCAAGCAAUUCAAAGAUGCAUACAAAGUGGCAUGCCUAGGAGUGACGGUCAAGGACUGGACUGCCCUCGCCCAUGAUGCUAUACAAGGCCUGGACUUUGACACUGCCAAGAAGGCUUUUACAAGGGUUAGAGACCUACGCUAUCUGGAACUUAUACACAGCAUAGAGGAGCGUAAGCGUCGUGGGGAGGUGGACGAUCAGCUGUUCUUGGCCGACAUCUAUGCCUACCAGGGCAAGUUUGGUGAAGCAGCCAAACUAUACAAGAGAGCUGGCCAGGAGCAGAGAGCUAUGAACAUGUACACGGACCUGCGUAUGUUUGACCAUGCCAAGGAAUUCAUUGGAUCUGGUGACCCCCAAGACAAGAAGCUCUUAAUCACCAAGCAAGCAGACUGGGCUAAGAACAUCAAUGAACCUAGAGCUGCUGCUGAGAUGUAUCUAUCAGCUGGAGAACAUCUCAAGGCUAUAGAGAUCAUAGGAGACCAUGGAUGGGCUGACAUGCUCAUUGAUGUUGCUCGAAAGUUGGACAAGGCAGAGAGGGAGCCCCUUGGGAAGUGCGCCCAGUACUUCAAGAAGAUGGAGCAGUUUGCCUAUGCUGCUGAGACUUACACCAAGAUGGGUGACACUAAGAACCUUGUCAUGCUUCAUGUAGAGUCUCGUCACUGGGAUGCUGCCUUCCGUCUGGUCGACAAACAUCCAGAGUUCAAGGAUGAUGUCUAUGUCCCAUACGCUCAAUGGCUAGCAGAGAAUGACAGAUUUGAGGAAGCACAGAGAGCAUUCCACAAGGCCGGUCGACAGGACGAGGCUGUCAGAGUGUUGGAACAGCUUACCCACAAUGCAGUUCUUGAGAGUCGGUUCAACGAUGCGGGAUACUACUUCUGGAUGCUGUCCAUGCAGUGCUUGGACAUAGCAGGAGCUGACACAGACAAGAGACGGGACAUGCUAAGCAAGUUCCAGGAGUUCCAAGCUAAAGCUGAAAUGUACUACGUCUAUCAUUCCAUCCAGCGCUACACCGAUGAACCGUUCACGUCUCAUCUCCCAGAUGCUCUGUUUAACAUGUCUCGAUACUUGUGGCAUGCCAUUCUCAACGACAUACCACAUGGCAUCAGUAAAGUGAACACCCUGUAUGCCCUAGCCAAGCAGAGCCGUAACUUAGGGGCCUUCAAGCUGGCUCGCUUUGCCUUUGAGAAGCUGCAGUCUUUGAGGAUUCCUCUGAGGUUCCAGGAAUCCAUUGACCUUGGCAGUAUCACCAUCAGGUCCAAGCCUUUCCAUGAUGCUGAGGAUGUUCUACCGAUGUGUUAUCGCUGCUCUACCACCAACCCCCUGCUCAACAACCAAGGGAAUCAAUGUAUCAACUGCAGUCAACCUUUCGUCCACUCCUUUGCAUCCUUUGAGGUGCUCCCUCUGGUAGAGUUCCACCUGGAGGAGGGGAUCCCUGAUGAGGAGGCAGUCCAGCUGAUCCAGGUGGAGCCACUCAGGAAGGGCCGAGGUGGAGCUGAUAAGUGGAAUGAAUCUAACACAGGCAACGUCCAGUCUAUGAGGCUGGAUGAGUAUGGAGGGAAUGAUUCAGAUGACGUUCAGGAAGACCCAUUCACUGCUCGACUGCUCAGCUUUGAGCAAGGAGGAAACGAGUUUGUCCCGGUGGUGGUCAAUCGAGCAGUCUUGAAGACUCUUGACCGGAGUCAUGUGGUGGUCAAGAGAUGGCCAGCUCCUCUACGCUAUCAGUACUUCAAGUCCAUCAUGCCUGAUGUAUCGGUCACUGUAUGUGCUUCAUGUAACCAGCUGUUUCACACCGAUGAGUAUGAGAUCCAAGUCCUUCAGAAAAAUCACUGUCCAUUCUGUCGCAAGGCUGUACCAGAAGCUACAGAAACCUGAAUCUGAUCAUCAUUGAUACCGUCCACUUGUAUCAGUAUCAACAGACACUAGCAGGCUCUAAUAUUCUACAGCCUUGUUUACACCUAAUGCAGAGAAGUAGCAUUACUAAACAUUUCUGCAUCUUGUAUAACACACUUAAAGUAGGUCCGCCUCUGGGCCUUUGUUGCACUCUGCUGCCUAUUUCAUCUCCAUCUGCCUUCCAUUUAUUUCGUAUUGGUAAAAUUAAAAAGAAAUUGUAGGUAGUUUACAUGUGUAAACAAGGUCUUAUAUGUCUGUUCACUGCUCAAGGAAGCUACAUUUAUUCUACAGCUAUAUUUAUUCUACAGCUAUCAUCAUCAUGAUUUGACCACAACACCAUUUCUAUAUAUAGUUCCAUUGCCUUGAGUUUGUUCUAAUUUCUCCAAUGCUCCAAAACUCUUUUUCCAAAGUGCUCUUCUAUUUAUUUUAAUUUUUCUUGUUUAUUUAAUUUUAAUUUUUACUUUUCCUGUCUUAAUAUAUAUAUAUAUAUAUAUAUAUAUUUUUUAAAUUUUUUUUUUUUUGGGGGGGAACGUUGAUGUCAUUUCGUUUACUGACAAUCUUCAUUUUACAAGAGCAAAUGAGGAUUGCGAUCUACAUUUAAAACUCUUUCCCAAAGAUAUUUUAAUUACCUGUUUGAAUCACUUCUUGAUUCUUUUUACACUUUUUUGUUAACUAUUCACGAUUUCAAGAAAGGAUCAUGUCUAAACUUCCACUUAAUGUAUGAAUGCUGAAAUGUAUGUAUACUGCACAAACCUUAUGAACUUAUGUGCGUCUUAAAGGCUUUAGACUGAAGUUCUUCUUCAUAAAAAUGUUUAAAAAGGCAGGAAAAACCACUAUCUGAUCUGAUGACAUCUCAAGAUCUAUUCAAUGUAAUAUUAUUUCAUUCAUCAAUGUGUGUGAUUUAUGUAUAGUAAGAAAGACAAUAUGUAUUCAUAUGACUGUGUAUUUAAAGUCAAAACCAAAUACUGCAGCUGGAAUCCAAAUAGAUCUUUGAUAAUUAAUGCAAAUAAAGAAAACCUGUAGGAAUCUUAAACAGGAAUUUUACCCUACUAAUCUCAUGAUCUGUGAAGCAUGAUGCAGUGUAAUGUAUUGUUAAAAUAGAGGUAUAUGGAAUUAAUGUUGAUAUUGUUUUUCAAAUAGUUCUCUUAUUUGUUUGAAGGGUUGCGGUUAGGUAACUAAUCAGUUUAAAGGAGAAAAAAAUAAAUCAGAAAUUGUCAUGACUACAAUUACCUUGUAUUCUCCUGCAAUCAUAGUAAGAGAAAUUUGAAUUUAAUAAUAUAUGUUUAAAAAAAUUAGUACCCGGUACACCUAAACUAUGUGAGUAAAGCGCAAAUAUGCCAAGCUAAAUUUUUCAUUUAUGUUUAAAUACUCUCAAAAAUAAGAUGGCAAAAUGAUGAAAAUAAUUUAGGAAAUAUCUACACCAAUGGUUGGUUGGGAAUGAGGUCAUUGUUGGACGGGUGACUUGUUCACUUAUUUGCUACAUCACUGCAAGCAUAGAAAUAUAUAUAUAUAUAUAUAUAUAUAUAUAUAUAUAUAUAUGUCAUUUCUCCCCCCCCCCCCCACCCCUUUUUUUGUUUGUGCUUUUGAAAUAAAGAUUCCAAUAUUUUAUGAAUGAAUCAGAAUGGUGGCCCACCCCUAUGAAACUGAUUUGAAUAUCAGUUCAGAGAUAAAGGUACUCCCACUGGUUUUGCAGAUCUGAUGUAAAUAGUACAUGUACUAUGUUAAAGUUAUAUGGAAACCUUGAAUACAAACAUUUUUAUAGUUCUCACUACUCUGUUGAAAGUACUUCAAAGACCUUAAGAUGUACUGUUUGCUAGUAGAUACUUUAUUGUAUGUGACCAUUCAUCUUGAGACAGUAGAAUCAAUUAUGUGUAUAUUUUGAUCACAGCAAAUUUUGUAAAGAAAAUUGAGUGUAUUCAUUUGUAAAUAUAAUUUGUGAAUGUUAGAAAAUUCCUAUUUAUGAUAAAAGCUGUAAAUUAAAAGACUUCUCAUACCUGAAUGCACCUCUCCACCUGUUCAUUAUUUAUAAUGCAUUUAUAUUCAUAAGUGACAUCAUUAUCAGUAUUAUUGACAAGAGAGGGUUUUAGAGGGAGACCUAACCCUUGUUCCAACGAUAUUUGCUCUUAUUUUGUCAAAAAUUAGUGAGGUUUAGUGAGGAGUGAUCUAGGGAUGAAGUUGGGAAUUUUGAAAAUGUGCAUGUUGCGAAGUCAAUGAAGCAUGAAUUAAACAAAAGACAAACUUGUAUACUGUACAGUAAAGCAUAUUUUAUUGAUUAAGGCUUCCUCACAAUGCAAGCCCUGACAACCAACAUAAAAAUUAUUUAAAUGGCAUCACAAUUUACAAACGUACAAAUGCAAGAAAAGCCUACUGCAUGAUGAUCACUAAAAUAAUUGUAAUAACUACUGAUAAAACUCAUCAAGUAAAGAAAUGAAAUUACAAUAAAAUAGAAGAGAUAUUUAUUCAUAAAAUUUUAACGCAAGGCAAUUCUUAUCGACAUACAUGUACAAAAUUUGUGUAUCUUUUCCUAUUGAACUAUGAACUGAUAUCAGAGUAUGUUAGAUUGAGCUUCAUGACAACUUCUCUCUUUUAUAAGGGAUCAUGCAUGUCAUCAAACAUUGAGAUUUUUUAAGACAGUGAUAUUCUGAAGAAAAAAAAAGUAGCUCAGCUAUUAAAAGUUUGUGUGAGAUUAUCUUGGAUACAGACUCACUAGUGCAAGUACAAAAUAAAAAACCUUUCAAAUAUAUAACAAUAACUGUGUUAUUCAUGACAGUAUUUAUAUAAUAUUGGAUGGCUUUGAGUAUGACACAAGAAUAUAUUGCUUGAGCUAUGACAAUAUUUGACGAGUCACAGAUGAGUCUAAUAUUGUCUUAGCGAGAGCAAUAUAUGUUUGUAUCACACAAAAACAAAGCCAUACAAUAUUAUUAUUCUGACUAGCGAAAUAACAAAAUUUGACUUACCUCGGUAAAUAUGGCUUUGUUUUUGUAUGAUAUCGAUAUCAAUAGUUGGAAGUUCCCGGAUGACUGAGCAGUACGAAAACCAUAUUGGUCAGUCAGCCGGGUACUGCGCUACAGAUAUUGAAUACGCUGAUUUAUUGUACCACAUGGAAGCCUUAUAUAAAUAAUAAUGUUAUAUAUUAUAUGUGUAUGAAGAAGAUAUACAUCUUCUUGCACAUGUUGUAUCAUCUCGGCUUGUUACAAAGAAUAUGGAGUACCAGAUAGAAUUGCUGCAACAAGCAGGCCUACAUAGUGUACAGAGAUAAUUAAGCUACAUGUACAACCUUUUAAGACUUUAAGCUGUCACAAAAGACAGCUCUGGUUUUGCAAAUGAACCCUUAAACCUCUCCAAUAUUUACAAGAAAACUUUUCAAAGAUAACGCAAGAACAUGCACAUGAAUGAACUCUACAUUUUAUAGCGAACAUACAUGUAGGUACACUGAGACUUGCACUCAAGUAUAUGGUAGUUAUUUUUUUUGUUUUUUGAAACCUUCUUUAUUUCUAUUAUUAUUCUGCUCGCUGCUCAAGCACUGAUGGUUAUAUCCAUGAU